UCCAUUAUCUUACACUCACGUACCAGUCUCUCUUCUCUCUUUUCACUCAAAUCCCUCUCUGCAUGGUAAGCAAUAAUAAUACUCAUAUAUUUCAUGCAGAAAUGCAAACCGUAAUUCCCAAACUACCCCUCCUCCUCCUCAAACCAUUCCUCCUCUCCCUCUUCUUCUCCAUACUCUUCCUCACUUUCCUCUCCUCCCAAACGCCACGUCACCCCAAAUCCACCACCACCACCGCUUCCGGCUCCGACCUCCGCAUCCGACCCGGUUACACCACCUACGAAUCCUACAUCCACCACCAGCUUAACAAAACCCUCAACCCCAAGCUCCGCAAAAUAUGGACCACCCGCGACUGGGACCGGAAGGUCCGAGUCUUUGCCACCUUCUUCGCCAGCCUCACGCGCCGGAGCCUUCUCUCCAACUCCUCCAAAUCGCUUUGCAUCGGAGCCCGCGUAGGCCAGGAGGUUUCGGCCCUCAGGCGCAUUGGCGUCUCGGACUCGAUCGGGGUCGACUUAGUCCCGCAUCCGCCUCUUGUAGUGGGAGGUGACUUCCACGCGCUGCCGUUCGCCAACGAGACGUUCGACUUCGAGUUCUCGAACGUGUUCGACCACGCGCUGUACCCGCGGAAGUUCGUUGGGGAGAUCGAACGGACGAUGAAGGCCGGAGGGAUCUGCGCCCUACACGUGUCGAUAAAUAGACGGACUGAUAAGUACUCGGCCAACGAUCUGUUUAGUGUGGGACCCUUGUUGGAGUUGUUUAAAGCCUCCGAGCUUGUGGAGGUUAGAGCGGUCGACGGCUUUGGCCUCGACACCGAAGUCAUUUUCCGGAAGAAAAUUAUAUAUUAAUUUAUGUAUUUAUUCUAUUUUGUUUUAGUUAAAUGAAGAAUUGGCGUGCAAUGUUUAGUUUCAAUAUUU